AUGGCUUCCUCUGAUUCAAAUGUGAUCAUCGUGGGUGCUGGUGUAUUCGGCUUGAGUACCGCACUGUGGCUCGCCCGCGCUGGUUACAAGAAUAUUACCGUCUUCGACAGAGGUGCUUAUGACAAGAAUUACUACGCACCUUUCAAUGGUUGCGAUGGGGCUUCCUCUGAUAUCAAUAAGAUUUUUCGAAUGGCCUACGGAGACCAGCUGAACUAUCAAACGCUUGCCAUCGAAGUCAGAGACAUAUGGCUUGCCUGGAACAAGGCCAUCAAAACGAGCGCUGCCGCUGACCUACCGAACGGUCUCACUGUGGAUGAUCAGCUGCUGAUUGAAUGUGGAUGCUAUUUCUUCUCCGACGGUCAAAACCUGGACCCUUUUGACGCAGAGAGCCUGGACUCAAUCGCCAAACAAGCACCUGAGAUUCGAGAAGCGCAAUUUAUCAAGACUCCAAAGGGUAAUGCUGCGGAGGAAGAGCGUCUGCGAAACGUAAGCCCUACAUGGAUUGACAAAUAUCACCUUGUUGACAAAUUCAACCAUGGUAACACGAGUGGCUUCCUUGACAUCAAUGCUGGCGUCACCAUCGCAGACAAGUCUUGUGUUUACGCGCGAUUUUUAUGUGUUAAAGCUGGUGUCAAAUUUGUUCUAGGGGAGCCCCAGGGCAAGCUGGAGAGUCUGAUCUACGAGAACAAUGGCACGCAAAAGAGGGUCAUAGGCAUCAAAACUUACGACGGCAAGAGGCACUUUAGUGAUCUUGUGAUAGUGGCUGCUGGUGGCUGGACUGCAUCAAUCAUUCCCGAAGCCCACAAUGCCGUCGAAGCCACAGCAGGCACCGUUAUGUUUGUCGACAUUCCCCAGGAUAGGCAAGAUUUACGGAGAAGAUUUCACGCUGACCACUACCCUGUCUGGUCCUAUCAGAGAGGUGCAGGGGACAAUAAAUCUUACUCUGGUGGUGGUUACCCAAUCUCCAAAGAAGGCCGCCUGAAAUUCAGCUUCCGUAACCGCAAAUUCACAAGCUUCCAAGAUCACCCUACCGAGCCCAAUCUACGGAUUUCCAUUCCUAGGACAAAAUACACCGAUAAUCCUAUCGACACGGUUCCACGAUCCGCACUAUCACUGAUGAAGGAGGUUGUUACUGAAGCAUUUCCCGAGCUGAUAGAGUUUGGCUUCACAGACAGUAGACUUUGCUGGUACACUGAUAGUAUCGACAACGACUACGUCAUCGACUACGUUCCUGGCUAUUCAGACUCGUUAUUUAUCUGCACCGGGGGGUGUGGUCACGCUUUCAAGUUCCUACCCAUCCUUGGUAGGCACGUCAGAAACCAAUUGGAGCGCAAACCUGACCAAUUCACGACCCUAUGGAAGUGGCGAACUGCCGAGGAAGGCAAGAAGAACAACGGGUUGUCUGAAGGAGAGAAAGGUCCUAGAGAAAUUUCUAGGCUCGACAUGGCAGGUUCUCGAGAUUUCCCGUUCAACAAGCAACCACCUCCAACAACACUGCCUCCUAGAUUGUAA